CUACGCGCAAAGAGCGAGAAACGCCAUACAGCGUUGAUACGCAAUUUGCGGUGGUUCGUCUGUUCGUCUCUUAGCGGUGUACUCGAGAUUGCAGAUAUUCCGGUUGUGUUACUUCAAUCUCGCGACUGCUGAUUAAACAAUUCCGUAAUAAAGAACGCGGAAAGUAUCCUGAUUAGUAAUCUGAUUAUUAACGAAGACUCGCAAGGUACUACGAUAAACAAAAAUGACAGAAGAACAGUGGGGAAUCAGUGAUGUGGACUUUUUACCACCAGCAAACACAUCAUCGUUUGAAGAAGGACGUGAUCCCUCUCGUGGCAAAGGACGUGGUACAAUUCCAUACAAUUUCAACACCGAUACACCAAAUUAUUCUGUAGGACGGAAUAAUUCAUAUGAUAAUGGAAAUAUGGAUAACUAUCAAAAAAAUUAUGGAAAUGCAGAUAAUUAUGAAAAUAAUGAAUAUGAAGACAAUAAUAGUAACAGAUUUGGACGAAACAACAGGACUGAUAGAGGACAAGACAAUGGCAGACCACGUUAUGGAAAUAAUGGUGACGAUGGAAAUAAUCACAGGUGGCAAGGCAGGGAUAGGAACAAUAGUAGGCGAAAUAGAGACAAUGAUGAAACUGAAGAUAAUAAUAAUGGAAGUUAUCAGAACGAUGGAAGAGAUAGACCAAGAAGAAAUAGAGAUGAUAAUGAACGUGAUGGAAAUUAUCAGAACGAUAGAAGAGAUAGACCAAGAAGAAAUAGAGAUGAUAAUGAAUAUGAUGGAAAUGAUCAGAACGAUAGAAGAGAUAGACCAAGAAGAGAUAGAAAUGAUAAUAGAGGUGGAAGAGGUGGAAGAGGUGGCGGUUAUGGUAGGAACAGGGAUGAUGGUGAUGAUUUCAAUGAAAACGACAGAGGCCGUAGAGGGAACGACAGUGGACCUAGAGAAGGCAAUGAAGAUGAACCAAAAAAGAGAGAGAUUUAUGUUCCACCAGAGCAACCUGAUGACGAAAAUUCUUUGUUUGGAAAUGACGUAACGGUGGGAAUAAAUUUCGAUAAAUAUGAUGACAUUGAAGUAAAAGUGUCUGGUGAAAAUCAACCGCCGAUGAUACAAUCCUUUGAUCAAUCUGGCUUGAGAAGUAUCUUGUUGGAUAAUAUUAAGAAAUCGGGUUAUACAAAACCUACUCCCGUUCAGAAGUACGCUAUCCCAAUUAUAAUGAGUGGCCGCGAUUUGAUGGCUUGCGCUCAAACAGGUUCGGGCAAAACUGCAGCAUUUGUACUUCCUAUCCUGCACACUCUGUUGGCAAGCCCAAGAGAUUUAAUUAAAACUGAUUCUUCCUCCGAACCACAAGUGCUGAUUGUAUCACCCACACGUGAGCUUACUUCGCAGAUUUAUCAACAAGUCAAGAAAUUUGCCUUGAAUUCUAUUAUACGCGCUGAACUUGCUUAUGGAGGAACAUCGGUUAUGCAUCAAAGGAAUAAGAUAUUUGCCGGUUGCCACGUUCUAGUCGCGACACCAGGUAGAUUGUUGGAUUUCAUGGGAAAAGGCAGAAUUAAACUUUCUUCAUUACGUUUUUUGGUCCUUGAUGAAGCUGAUCGAAUGCUAGAUAUGGGUUUUCUACCCGAUAUCGAAAAGAUAGUAGAUCACGAGACAAUGGUACCCGCAUCAGAAAGACAGACUCUUAUGUUUUCUGCUACCUUUCCGAAUGAGAUACAAGAACUUGCGGGUCGAUUUUUGAACAAUUAUUUAUUCCUUACUGUUGGAAUCGUAGGUGGUGCUUGUGCUGACGUAGAACAAAAUUUCUACCAAGCAUCUGGUCAACCUGAGAAACGAAAAUUACUGAAAGAAAUUCUAGAGAAACAAAAUCAGAUGGGAAGUAUAGAAGGCACUUUGGUAUUUGUCGAGCAGAAGAGACAUACGGAUUUCAUCGCUGCUUUCUUGUCGGAGAGCAAUUUUCCAACAACCAGUAUACACGGCGAUAGACUGCAGAGAGAACGAGAAGAAGCCCUAUCCGAUUUUAAACGAGGAAAAAUGUCGAUUUUGGUAGCAACGGCGGUUGCUGCGCGAGGCUUGGACAUUAAAAAUGUCGCUCAUGUAAUUAACUUUGAUUUACCAAAGACAAUCGAUGAAUAUGUUCAUAGAAUCGGACGAACUGGUCGUGUAGGAAAUCGCGGCAAAGCGACUUCAUUCUUCGAUUCAAGUACAGAUAUGCCACUUACUGGCGAUUUGGUUACAAAGUUGAAACAAACUGGUCAAGCGGUACCUGGCUGGCUAGAAUCUGGUGGUGGCGGCGGUAGUCGAACCUUUGCACCAGGAAGGGGAUCAAGAAGAUUCGGUGGAGAGGAUAUCAGAGGCAACAAUGAUGCGUAUGCUGAGAGAAAUGAUGAUGUUGGUUAUGCACCUCCUGUAUCACCAGAACCAGAAGAAGUGUGGUAAACAAGACGUGCCUCCUAUUUUUAUAAAUUGCUAUACGUUUUCUUUAAUUUACAAUAAAUAGAUAACAGAUUCACAUAUAAAGUAUAUGCAGACAAACAUA